AUGCAAGUCGAUAGCGGUACUGUAGGAGACCAGUCAGAUGGAGAUGGCGGAGGCGACGGAAAGGAUCAAAAGAAAGACUCUAGCUUCAAGUAUUACUUGCGCGUCUUCACGUACAACGACCUUCGAGGAUGGAUCUUCAACGUCCUCGCCUUCAUCGCCAUGAUCGCCGCGGGCACGUUGCUGCCUAUCAUGGACGUUGUCUUUGGUAAAUUCAUCAACGCCUUCAACGGCUUUGUCAAUGGGACGCUGUCUCCAGCAGGCUAUCGGUCUGAGGUGGGCAAGUACAGUCUGUAUUUUGUCUAUCUGUUUGUUGCCAAGUUUGUUUUGACUUACCUUUGGACAAUGCUCAUCUCCAUGACCUCCAUCAGGACGACCAAAGCUCUCCGCAUCGACUUCGUCCGACAGACGCUCCGACAGGAAGUUUCCUUCUUUGACUCUCCCUCGUCAUCUAUCUCGGGCCAGAUCACCACCAAUGGAAACCUCAUCAACCAUGGUAUCUCCGAGAAGCUCGGCCUCAUCAUCACGGGCCUGUCGACCUUCGUCACGGCCUUCAUUGUCGCAUUUGCCGUGCAGUGGAAGCUGACACUUAUUGUCAUCUGCAUCAUUCCCGUUAACGUCGUCGUCACCGUGGUUUGUGUAGUCAUUGACAUUGGUUACGAGUACGCCAUGUUCGACAUUUACUCGCGCUCAGGCUCCCUGGCUGAGGAGGCUUUCGCGACCAUCCGGACGGCCCAUGCCUUCUGGGCCUUUCCCAAGCUGUCGAAACGGUUCACGUCUAUUCUUGAUGAGGCUGGCACGAUCGGGGCGAAGAAGUCGUUGGUCUAUGCUAUUCUCUUCCCUACCGAGUUCUUCUGUAUCUUUUCUGGAUAUGGUUUGGCUUUCUGGCAGGGCAUCAAGAUGUAUUCGACAGGAGAGAUUACACAGCCGGGUACAGUCGUGACCGUCAUCUUUGCUGUGCUCGUCGCCGCCACAGCUCUCACCCAGAUCGCCCCCCAGACUAUCGCCAUCUCCAAAGCAACCGCUGCUGCUCAGGAGAUGUUCCAGAUGAUCGACCGGGAGUCCAAGAUCGACUCGCUUUCUGAAGAGGGGGAGAAUAUUCCAAACUUUCGAGGAGAUAUCCAACUACGUGGUGUCCGCUUCGCGUAUCCAUCACGCCCAGACGUAUCCGUUCUCCAUGCACUCGACCUAGACAUCCCAGCGGAUAAAACAACGGCUCUCGUCGGCGCCAGUGGGUCUGGAAAGAGUACAAUCUUUGGUCUCCUGGAACGAUGGUACGAGCCGAGCGGCGGUUCGAUCACUCUGGAUGGUCAUCCCGUUGAGGACCUGAACUUGAAAUGGCUAAGAACAAAUAUCAGAAUGGUCCAGCAGGAACCGACUCUUUUCAGUGGCAGCAUCUUCCAGAACGUCGUCGACGGCCUCACAGGUACCGACAUGGUGAAUUUGCAAGAGAACGAGAAGCGAAAACUAGUUAUCGAGGCCUGUAAAUCAGCGUACGCUCACGAUUUCAUCGAGCGGCUGCCCAGUGGAUAUGAUACGUUCAUCGGAGAGCGCGGCGCCUCGUUAUCUGGGGGCCAAAAGCAGCGUGUAGUUAUUGCCCGAAGCAUCAUCUCCAACCCCAAGGUCCUGAUGCUUGAUGAAGCCACCAGUGCUCUCGACCCCAACGCCGAGAAGAUCGUGCAACAGGCCUUGAACAAUGUUGCCAAGGGACGCACGAUGAUCGUCAUUGCGCACCGACUUUCCACCGUCCGAGAUGCCGACAACAUCAUCGUAAUGGCCAAGGGCGCAACUGUCGAGCAGGGCUCACACAGCGAGUUGAUUGGCUUUGGCGGUGCAUAUUCGAGGCUGGUCAGGCUACAGGACCUAGGACAUGGCGGUGUCGCUCCCCAAGACGAGGCUGAAACUGACAAGGAGGAGCCACUUGCAGCCCUCGAGACAGUUCUCUCUCGAGCCUCGGCGCAUGGAACUCACGACAUCUCUAGUGACAAGCUCAUUAACCAUGGGCUUCUCAAGUGCCUCUUCAUCAUGGUGAAAGAACAGAGGUCCAUGUGGUGGCCAAAUGGGGCUGUCCUCAUUGCAAUUUCCGUGCUUGGAGGUUUAACUUAUCCUACACUUGCUAUCCUGUUCUCGAGGACCAUGGAUGCGUUUGCUGCCGUCGACGUGGCAAAGGGAAACUUCUACUCACUCAUGUUCUUCGUCGUGGCCCUCGCUAACCUGGUGAUCUAUGCCACAGGUGGGUGGGUUGCUAACAGUAUCGGCCAGUAUGUCAUGAAGGUCUACCGUGGUGAGAUUUUCAACAACACGCUCCGCCAGGACAUGACUUUCUUUGACAACCCCAACCACGGCACUGGUGCUCUCGUGUCACGACUGUCUACCGAGCCUACCAGCCUUCAGGAAUUGCUUUCAAUGAAUGUAGCAUUGAUAAUGAUCAACAUCGUCACCGUCCUUUCCAGCGCUAUCCUUGCAAUUGUGUACGGCUGGAAGCUUGGACUGGCCCUCGUCUUUGGCGCACUGCCUGUGCUUGUCGUAAGUGGCUACGCCAGGGUGCGCCUUGAGUACAAGUUCGACGAUGACACAGCCGCGCGGUUCGCCAAGAGCAGUAACCUCGCAUCUGAGGCGGUGCUAGGCAUCAGGACGGUGUCGUCGCUGGCACUGGAGGGAGCUGUUAUUGAGAGGUACAGCUCAGCGCUCGAGGGGCUAGCGAAGGAAGCUAUCGCGAGCUUGGGUUGGAAGAUGCUGUUCUACGCGCUCAGUCAGUCGGCUUCGUUCCUUGCCAUGGCGCUUGGCUUCUGGUACGGCGGACGUCUUGUCUCGACAGGUGAGUACACGACUGACCAGUUCUACGUCAUCUUCAUUGGCGUUAUAUUCUCAGGCGAGUCAGCCGCCGUUUUGUUUCAAUACACGACAAGCGUUAGUAAAGCACGCACCGCCAUCAAUUACAUCCUCCAGCUCCGACAGCAGGUUGUGCUCCGAGAUGACGAAGGAGAUGAGAGAGAUUCCUCGAGUAGUGCUUCUGAGAAGACGCUCGAAAAAAAGGGCCCCGAGGUGGUAUGUGAUGCCGUAGGCUUUGCAUAUCCCCGCCGGCCCAAGUUGCAAGUCCUUCAGGAUAUCGACAUCAAGAUGGUGUCCGGUAGUAUGGUAGCCUUGGUUGGCGCAUCCGGCUGUGGAAAGUCGACCAUGAUUGCAUUGCUCGAGAGAUUCUAUGAUCCGACAGUGGGCGAGCUUCGAUCAGAUGGCCAGAACAUCAAGACCCGAGACCGUCGCCUCUACCGCCACGACAUUGCUCUCGUCCAGCAAGAGCCCGUCCUCUACCAAGGCUCCAUCCGCGAUAACAUCUCACUCGGCCUCGAAACCGGUAUCCCUUCAGAUGACGCCAUCGUUGAAUCCCUCAAGCAAGCUAACAUAUACGACUUUGUCGCCUCCCUUCCCGAGGGCCUCAACACACCCUGCGGGAACCAAGGUCUCUCACUCUCGGGCGGCCAGCGACAGCGCAUUGCCAUCGCGAGGGCACUGAUUCGCAGCCCGCGCCUACUGCUCCUCGACGAAGCCACCAGCGCGCUCGACACGGAGUCGGAGAAGGUUGUCAAGGGAGCGCUGGACCGGGCCGCACAAGGACGCACGACUGUGGCGGUCGCGCAUCGUCUAAGCACGAUCCGGGACGCCGAUGUGAUCAUCGUGUUCGCCAGGGGGCGGGUGGCACAAAUGGGAACGCAUGAGGAGUUGGUGGCCAGACGGGGAUUGUAUUACGAGAUGGUCUUGGGGCAGUCUCUAGAUAGAGAGGCUUAA